UGUCCUCGUCACACCCCGCUCUUUGCAAUAUGUCCGGGCUGUCGAGUGACUCCAGCGCGGCGGUGGCGAGCGGAGAUGAGUCUAAGAAUAAGCGGAAAGGAGGAAGAGUCGUGAGGUCUCGUUACCUGAAAUACGACAAGAAGGACCCCAAGAAGGACACUUCAGCAAAUUCUUUUUCAACUUCUACUGUUAAACCAUCUUCUGCAACUAAACCAAGAUCGGCUCUUCCUCAGAGGUGUAAAACAUCUGCUGGGGUUUCCUCUCGUUCAUUCAGUCAGAGUAGUUUUGAGAAGGAUGACUUGCAGUCCACUUUGUUAGAUGGAGAUAAAGUUAGUCGACCAGACCUUGAUCUCUCAGCUAUUAAUGAUAAAACUGUCAGAAAAAAGGCUCCUGAUUCAAACUCUACUGGCAAAAGAGAUAAGACACAUCAAAAAAACCAAGAAGCUGAAAAUGAUUCUCAGAUAAGAGAGCUGGAAUCCCUGACACUGCUUUUGACUUACCUAAGAAUAAAGGCAGGAAAAAAUCUUGCUGAGCUGGAGAAAAAAGCAGAGAAAAACUUGCUAAUGUUAUGUGAAGAAAAGCAGAGACAGCAGGAGAAGCUCUGGGAGUUGAAGCGUGAAAUUCUGCUCAAAGAGAGAGAGCAGAGGCUUGAUGCUGCAUUAGACAAACAGAUAGAGGUACUUUCUCCCCUUGUUCCUGUUUGUGAGCGGUUUAAAGAGCAAUAUAAACGCUUUGCACAUUCCCUGGAUGCCACAAGACAUGCAUUACCCAUCAAGAAUAUCCACAUAGAAGGAGAUAUGCUAACAUACCUUGAUGAACUGCAAAAGGAGUUAAGUAUCACACAGGAACUUCUGCCAGAAGUUAUGCCAAGGCUCUCAGGAGAAAGUACAAAAACACUUAGUCUGCUUAAAGAACUUAAAGAAGUGUCUCAGGAAAUGGAUAAAGAGCUUCAAAGGAGCUUCGCCCAAGUGCAGAACCUGUCGUUUCAAGUUAGUAAAGAAGUUUCUCUGCAUAACCAGAGAGUGUGUGAAGAGAAACAUGGACUAGAUGAAGUGAAACGCUGGUACUUUGACUAAGUUUGUGUGUUAUUUUACUAAUAGGUGGGUACUAGAUCAAUGCCAGCAGACCUGUUAGCUUUUUACUUCUUGUGUGAACAGGUAACUUGUCCCAGUUUUUUUGUUAUACUUACAACAAGUGAAAAGUUUUGGUAAUUUGUUGCCUGGUUGUCUUUGAAACAAAUUAUUAAAAUCCUAAAUGGUUUUGUCUUAACCUGACACCUUCUUUUUAAGGACUUAAUUUUUUAAAUAAUAAAGACUAUUUUUCACUGCUA